AUUAUCGAUUGGGCUCGGUGGAGGGAGGAAGGGAGGGAGGGAGGGGGAGGGCUCCCUUCCUCGCAUAUGCAGCAGUAUCAGGCCUCCCCCCCCCCGCCCAAGCCUGGCUCCUGUCCACUGGUGUAAUUCAGGGCAGCCCCAAGUCCCGCUCUGCCCUGAGCCGUCCCUUUAAUUUCUGCACUUUCCUCCGAGUGGGUGAGGAAGGCCGGGACGGGGGUAUCCUUCCCCCGGCGCCCACAGCACCCGUCUGCGACAGAGAACCUUAGGCCGGGGCCCUCAGAACUGAAGCGACUCAUCCCCGGUCACAGGCCGUCGGGCCCCAGAGGCACACUGAGGCCUGCUCUCUGAGACUCUGGCCCCUGCCUUCCUGCCUCCUGGGAGCCCAGGCCUUCCUUUGAGGAGCCUCCUGGCGGCAGCUCGGUUCAGGGGUGUCUCUUGCAGGACCAUCCCCACAACCUGCCUCAGAACCUCCCUGACACUGCCUUCCCCCUGCCCAGCCCCUUCGAUGCCUGCGUCCACUUAGGCAGAAGUCCUCGCUUCUGCAGGCCUCAGUUUCCCCCUCUGUAGGCAGAGGGCCUGAGUGUGAGUUCUGAUUCCAUCACAGGAACCCUCAGGGAUGGGGUUUCCCCUCAGUUUCUCACCCUGUAAAAUGGGGAGAUGAACGCUUGCCCCUUGGGGCCCAGAAGGCCUAUUUGACCUUGGGUUUCUGUUCUAGCUUGAAUGACUUGGCUGUGCUGCUCGGUGGGUGGUGCUCAGAGGGCCCCUGGCCAAGAGAAAGUCCUGAGCGCCCUAGAGCCAAGGCUGAACUGCAGGCAUUUUCUGGGCCAGGCCUGGUCCUCCCUCUGGUGCUUCCCCCCAAGCAAACUUCAGGGUCCUGCACUCGCCCUGCUCCCUUUGCUUGUGCUCCCCCCAUCCGUGCUCCCUCCGCCCAUGCUCCCCCUGUUCUGGUACCUCAGAAAGGGAUGAGCAGGGACGUCUCUGGGAUGGGGGAGAGACUGGCUCAGGGCUGGCAGGAACGGCCUCCUUGGAUCGUGUACAUCCCUGGUGAGGGCCCAGCCCUGGCGGAGGCUCCCGGGGGGGGGGUAAGGGGGUGAGAACACCCAAUUCAGACACAGGAGCCCUCAAGGGGCACAGCCUCUUCCCUGUCCCUCUUUCCCCCUCUGUAGACAAGGGUCUGGCCUCGAUGGCCUCUGAGGCCCUUUGGGCUCUAGAUCUGGGGUCCCCCUGCCUUCCCCUCUGACUCAGAACUCUUAGCCCAGCUCGCUGCCUUCUCCCCCCCAGCUCCCCAUGGGGGGGUUGGGGGGUGUCCUGCACUUGGUCAACGUUCCCUCCUUUCCUGGGCCCGCGGAACUCCCCCCAGUGCCCUGUACCUCUGCUUGCCACUUAGCAUAUCGAGGAGGGGGCUGGGAACCCCACUGCCCCACAGACCGGACCCAGGGCUCCCUCCCGGCUGGGGGGGCCCAGGGGAAGGGAGACAGGGGCCCCUCCCCCGUGGGAGUUCCCCCAAGGCUUUCAGGGGGAAAGGGGUGGGGGCGGUGAAAGCCGAUCCGGCCAGAGGGUGUGGCCCCAAAGCCAGGGAGGGAUAAAAGCUGGAGAGCGGAGCCCGGGCAGAGACCCACGGGAGGAAGGACCCAGGCCUUGCCCCCAGCCGGCAUCGGUGACCCCAAAGUGGCUGCUUCAGACCCCCACAACAUGGCUCUCCCCAAGACCUUGCUCCUGCCCCUGCUGCUCCUGGUGGCCGUGGGGGCCCGGGGCCAGGAGGCCAGGGUCCCGGGCUGCUACCUGCACCCCAUCAACGUGACCGUGCGGAGCGAGCGCCAGGGCCCCUGCCGGGGCUCCCACGUGGCUCAGGCCUGCGUGGGCUACUGCGAGUCCAGCGCCUUCCCCUCCCGCCACUCGGUGCGGGCAGCCAGCGGCUUCCAGCACAACAUCACCUCCGUGUCCCGGUGCUGCACCAUCAGCCGCCUGCAGAAGGUGAAGGUGGAGCUGCAGUGCCCCGGGGGCCGACAGGAGCAACUGGAGAUCUUCACGGCCCGGGCCUGCCAGUGCGACAUGUGCCGCCUGUCCCGCUACUGAGGGGUCCGGGGGCGGAGGCCAGAGGGCUCUGGCCCAGGAUGCCUGGGUCCGAGGAGGCCCCCCAGCUCUGGCACCUCCUGAAGCCCCGCCAGCUGUGACCCCCCC